GCGACAACGGAUUAACAAACAACAUGUCGCUGUUGUGAACUCAACAAUGGCCGGGCUCUCGUGGAUAAAAUUAGACCACCGCAAAUACACAUCAAGCAGGGCGAAACGUGAAACCAUGCCGUUCAUUUUGAAACUUGCGUCGUUCAGCACCCACCACAACACACACGAUGGGAGGAGCUGUAUCUGUCGAACACGCCGAGAUCAUCUACGUAGCCGAAGACGGGUCCAUCGGGCUCGCCGAGCCCUUCGCCGCUCGAUACGAAAACGACAUGCCAUUCCCCAUCAAACGCCCCGUCGUGACUCGCCAGCACGAAGCCCUCAUCAAGGCAAACUGGUCGGCCAUCUGCCAGGGCACGUCUGCAUUCGACGCGGCCAAGCACCUCACGCCCACCAAGUUUUUCUACCGCACGUUCUACAACCACCUGUUCGAGCUCGCUCCGUCGCUGCGCCCGAUCUUCCGGUCCAGCAUGACCGUCCAAGGCAAGGCGUUGGCAGGCAUCAUCAAGACCCUCGCCACCGUCAUCAACGGUGCCAAUAUCGUGGGCGCGACCCAUGGCCUGGCCCAGGGCCACCUCAAGUACGGGGCCAAGAAGGAUCACUACACGGUCGUCGGGCAAAACUUGCUCCGCACGCUCGAAAUCGUGAGCGGGGACAAGUGGACCGAAGAGAUCAAGACAGCGUACCUGACAGCGUACAGCCUCAUCUACUUUGUCAUGCUCCCAGUGCUUCUCAACAACGAGCCGUCCGAGAUCACGGAGAGCCUGCCCGCGACGAUCUCCAAGUCGGAGGCGGUGUCGGCCACGGCGAAGCGCCUCACGCUCACGUUCGACUUUCCCCUGCGCUUCCACCCCGGCGAUGCCAUCCUGCUCGGUCUGCCCGUCGCCGAAGGCCAGGAAGAGCGCCGCCACUACACCAUUGCGUCCAUCAGCAUCCAAGGCACCAACACGUUUGACAUUGUCGUGGAAGACGCGAGUCCGUCGUCGCACUGGCUCGUGUCCCAGCCGGCCGGGACUACCGUCAAAUUGUUCUGGGUCGAGUCGAACGUCCGGUUCGAGAUCGACUCGCCCGAAGUGCUGCCGACGAACGUGCUGUUUGUGAGCCACGGCGUCGGGUGCGUGCCGUUCCUAGUCAUGCUCGAGGGUCUGUACCGCAUUCGAGAGACGUUCCACGGCUCCGUCGUGACCCUUCAAGUGGCCCCGAACCAGGCGGACGUCGAGGGGUUCAAGUCGGUCGUGACGUCAACGGGAAAACCACUCGAGUGGGAGUCGAGCUCGUUCCACUACGCGCCGGCCGUGUCCGCCGACAAGCUCAAGGACAUCGCCCCCAACCUCGCCCACAGCAACCUGUACGUGUGCGGCCCGGCCGACUUUAUUGCGACCACGCAAGACGCGUUUGUGGCAGCGGGAGGGUCCAAGGACCGCAUCACAGUCUACUCGUUCGACAACUCCAACGUAGGCGCACUCAAAAUUGAGUAAUGUAAAAGCAUUAUGGUUUGCA